AUGGAGCUUUGGGUCGCGUCUGGGGCGGGCCUCCGCGCGUCUCUCAAAGGCUGGGGAGCCAACCAAGGGCGCGAAGACAAACUUCAGCGGGCCCAUUUAGUUCAGGAGCUCGCGGCUCUGGAUGCCCAGGCCGAUGCCCGCCCAUUCUCGGAGCAAGAGUGGGCACACCGCUACGACCUGGAGGGGCGGGUGGUGGCGCUUCUUCGGUGUGAAGAAGAGUAUUGGUGGAGGAGAGGGGGGCUCAAGUGGACCCUGAAAGGUGAUACGAACACGAAGUAUUUCAACGCCUACGCGAAUGGUCGCCGCCGCAAGUGCGCUAUCCUUCGACUGCAAUCGGAGCAGGGGCUUCUGGUGCGUCAAGGUGACAUCAUGCGCCAUGUCUAUCAGUUCUACAUCCAACUGAUGGGCACUUGCGAACCCCCAUUGGCUCGCCUACGCACGGACCUGUGGGGUCCGUCAGGUAGGGUGUCAGAUGCCGAAAACGAGGAGUUACGCCUCGCUUUCACUCCUCAGGAAAUCGACACAGCCGUCCACGGCAUGAAGUCUGACACGGCCCCCGGCACGGAUGGCUGGCCGGUGGCCAUGUUCAAGCGCUUCUGGCCUCUUCUUCAGGGUCAGAUCUUCGGAGUGUGCAACGGUUUUAUGCGUGGAGAAGUGGAUAUCUCCCGCUUGAACUUCGGGAUCCUCUCCCUAAUCCCUAAAGUGCAGGGUGCGGAUAAUAUUAGCCGCCAGAGGGACUGGGCGAACCUGGACGCCGGACCGGCUGGGCUGGUUGCCGAGCACGUCCUGCGCAACGACCUCGUCGACCUCGUCCGCUUCCGCGCCGCGUGCAGGCCGUGGCGCGCGUGCUCCGGCCACCUGCGCCCGCUGGGCGUUCUAGACCAUCGGUUCCAUCCCCGGCGCUGGAUCAUGCUCCCGAAUGAACAUAGUUGUUAA